GAAGACUUAUAAUCAAAAUAGUGAUACAUAGACGAGCAGUUGAGUAAAUAAUUAUUAAUUCCACCCUAGUAUUAUUUGUAGUGUCCGUCACGAUAAUGCAGUGUAGUGUAUCGACUGAAUACUAGUACCCUACCCUGUCUCCUACCCUGUCUCCUACCUGCCUAGCCUAGAAUUGUCAUCUCGCCUGGAUAUUCGGAGAUGGGGCCAAACGUCGUUGCCGACCAGGAUGUGGCAGUUGAUUGUCUUCUUGGAAAAUCUUGUGAAAUGCAAGCAAGAGCAGUGGGACCGUGCACAGCUAAUAAUACACACGCCAGUCCAUGGGUGCCUAGACGUAUGACUGAAAGCAGUGAUGGGUCUGAACAUCGCCACAAUCAACUAACAUAUUCCUCGAUGUCCAGUGAAAGAGACUGCGCUCGUUCCAGGAGCGCCAGUGAUAGACCAAGCAGCUAUCCAGUGGGUUUAUCUUCCCUUGAAGGUACAAGCAACAGCACAGCAAGAACUACGUGUAGAGAAAGUAGGAGCUUGAAUGUCGCCACUUCCGCGGUCACUGGCAGCAGAACUACAGCUACCACAAUGCGUUUGGAUACGUGCCUGGUCGAGAGUGCUACCGUUUCGGACAGUCUCCUAUGCACUAGGUGUGAGAAGCUCCUACUCGACCCCGUACAGGUGACAUCAUGUGGACAUCGCUUCUGCAGAGAGUGUGCAUAUGCACUGAUCAACAGGCAGACGCAGCUCGGUACAUGUCCCAAGGAUCAGCAGCAGUUUGCGGUGUCCAGUCUUCAUUCAGAUCGUCAGGCAGGCAAGGAAGUCAGCAUACUGGAUGUCUAUUGUCCAAUGCGGGGGCACACUCAGGAUGGGACAUGCUCCUGGCAAGGCACUAUUGCACAGUUACAGGACCACGUGAAGUCAGACUCCUGUGGCUGUGGCCCGCAAGUCGCACGCGCUGCACGUAGUCACACCUAUCCACAGUCCCGGUCCACGUCAUCAUUAUCAUCAACAGCACUCAGCAGGCAAGACUACAGCCAUCACUCACUACCAGCUCACAGCUACAGACCAGCUUCAUACCAACAACAGCAACACUCAGCAACUCAGCAGCAGCAGCAACAACAACACUCAUCAUCAACCCAUCAGCAGCAGCAACCACGUCCCAGGACUGGCAGCUUUGACAGCAGCGCAGUUGAUCAGGCAGAUGACCUGCAGUCACAAAUGCAGGAUAUGCGCGAGCUGGUUUCUGCACUAAGACAGCACAUGUUUCAACAAUUCAACAAUCAUGGAGAUGCUAUCACAAAACUGAAGAAAGAUUUAGCAUAUCAACAAGAGAGAAGCCAACAGCUGACAUCAGUUGUGCAUCAGCUGAAGGAAGAGAAUACCGCCCUGAAGCAACAACUUCUCACUCAACAGAAGUCCUGCAUGGAUGACGUUGACAGCUUGAAAGUACAGCAUUACCAGCUAGCUCAGGAGCAAGCCGAGAUGCGUCUCAGCCAGCACCAUUCCAUUGCCACACAACGCCAUUACAGCAGCAGCAGCAGCAGCAGUGGCAGCAUGGAACAAGAUGGCGGCAUGAUACCUAGUUGGUACAGUGCAAGCAGUGUGCAGUCUCUACCAGCGCGACUUUCAUGCACCACAACACGGGAGUCCUCCAACACCAUGGCCGCCAGGACAGCCGAGAACCGACUGUCUAGCUUAUCGCAAGACAGCGGUAUAUCGGCAGGGGACUGUGAUGCAUCUCUGACGUCUUCUACGUCUAGCGUCUGGAGCACUGGGAGCAGUGUUUUGAGGAGCAUCUCGACGUUGGAGACUGAGAUGAGUGACAUGGGCAUGCGUGUAGACAUGGUGGAGCAGUGCACGACCAACGGCAGAUUGCUCUGGAAGAUCAACAACUUCUCACAGCACCUGUACGAGACCAGUCAGAGUGGAAACAGUUCCUCUCUCUACUCGCCCUAUUUCUUCACCAAUCCACAAGGAUACAAGAUGUGCCUACGUAUGUACCCAAACGGUGAUGGAGCCGGCAAGGGAACUCACCUCUCACUCUUCCUGGUUGUCAUGGAGAGCGAUUACGACGCAGUACUCCCUUGGCCAAUGAACAAGAAGAUUCGGUUCCGUGUCUGUGAUCAAAACAGCACGCGACAAGAGCAUUGCUCGGAAACUUUCCUCACUACAGGAUCUGGGUCCUCAUUCCAACGACCUACUUCUACAAUGAACGUAGCUAGCGGAGUUCCCAAGCUCAUCAGCCUAGAUAAGCUAAUGCAUGCAGGCAGCACUCAGUAUGUCAAGAAUGAUACUCUAUUCUUGGAGGUCACUGUCACUGAUUAUCGCCAGUGAGCCACGACUACUCAUACUACUGGUGCCAUGGUUACUCGUGGUGCUGGCAACCGUCACUGCUACAUGUAGUUACUGCUAUGGCAACAGUGGUGACAAUGCUAUGGCAACAGCGGUGACAAUGCUAUGGCAACAGUGGUGACAAUGCUAUGGCAACAGUGGUGACAAUGCUAUGGCAACAGCGGUGACAAUGUCCUGCUGCCGCUGCUGGUGGCAUUUUAACCAGGAUGCUCUUCAUCACAGCAGAAUGGUGUGUACUGGUAUUUAUUUGAGUAUGGCUUUGACCAAUCGCCGGAUGACGGUCGGCUAUAGUACAAUGAGUUGAAUCUUGAUUACAGCAACAGAUUUUAGGUCAGUUACAAAUCCUCUAAUUUAUCCCUAGAAAUAUCCCUAGAAUAAUCGUUGAACAAACCUGCUCAAUCUAAGUUAUUGCUAAGCUUGAGACCAAGAUAUUUAAAAAUUGAAGGAAGUUCAACUAGAGAUCAGCUAUUUUAUAGUUUCCCUCCCAAUGCCUGAGAAUCGUGGAGACCUGCGUAUCUACCGUGCUGUAAAUUAUUGAUUUUAUCCUCUGGAAUUGAUACCAUGCACAUGUAUGCCAAGUUGUAUUCAUGCAUGCAGUGCUGAAGGUGAACCUCCUAGAGUCUAUCAUAUCUUUGUUAUUUUUUAGCCGCUUAGGGCCAUACAAUAAUUAUUAUUCCGAGUCAGAAAAACACCAUCAUUCAAUGCCGUAUAUUUCAAUUUUCACGAGCAGAAGACUGCUUUUCAAUUCAGCCGGUGGACACAUUAUUGCUGUCAAUUCUCCA